AAAACGAUGAGGAGCUCUGGACCUUUCGCUAUUGGAUGGGCUGCUAGUCCUACUAGUGCCCCCAUGGCGGUGCUUUCUGGACGCUUCCGUUGACAACUCUCUCCUCCUCCUCCGAUUCCCUCUCUCUCACCUCUCUAUCUCUCUCUCCUCUCCCGGUUUCCGCCUCUGAUCUUCCUCCUCCGUCGUCCACCGUGGCUUUCUUCGCCGCCUCCAUGGGGGCCGACGACGACUGCGUCGUCGUCCCCAACGGCAAUGCGUGUAGCAGGGUGGAGGACGAGUACAUCAGAAGGCACCAUCACCACCAGGUUCAGGACAAUCAGUGUAGCUCCUCCCUCGUUAAGCACGUCAAAGCUCCUCUCCAUCUCGUGUGGUCAUUGGUGAGGCGAUUUGAUCAACCGCAGAAGUAUAAACCAUUUGUUAGUAGGUGUAUUGUGCAGGGAGAUCUUGGGAUUGGUAGCCUUAGGGAAGUGAAUGUGAAGUCAGGGCUUCCAGCUACUACUAGCACCGAGAGAUUGGAGCAACUCGACGAUGAGGAACAUAUCAUAGCCAUGAGAAUUGUAGGCGGAGAUCACAGACUCAAGAACUACUCGUCCACGGUCUCAGUCCAUCCAGAGGUCAUCGACGGGAGACCAGGCACAAUGGUAAUCGAGUCAUUUGUGGUGGACGUUCCAGAAGGGAAUACGAAGGACGAGACUUGUUACUUCAUCGAAGCUCUGAUCAAAUGCAACCUGAAGUCAUUGGCAGAGGUUUCGGAGCGGUUGGCUGUGCAAGACCAGACCGAGCCGAUAGACAGGAUUUGAGAAAAGCAUAUCCCAAACCCGAGUCUCUCUCUAUCUCUCUUGGAUGUCAAUGCCCAUGGAGAAAGGAAGGAAGAAGCCACAAACAAACUAGUUCUUUUUUUUUCAUUUUCAUAUUCACAUAAGGGGUUGUAAGUGUUGGUAAAACCUUCUUCUGGCUAAGUCGAUGUUCCUUCCUGUUUUUAUCACCCUCUUCUUCUCCUUCUACCCUCUCCAUUUGGCUGGCUCCUUGUGAUUUGUCUAUAUACCAGCUAACUACUGUCAACCUCCUCGUCAUCUAUCUAUCGACUGUCUAUUAUACUAGGGUUUUCCUGAAAAACACCAAAAACCAAACAGGCAGAUUCACUCUCUAGAAUUUUGUUACCCUUUCUGGUACUUCAAUAACACGGAGUAUGUCUUCAUCUCUGACUGUAAAUAUUUUGUAUUUUCCGUGAUGAUAAGAAUCAAGAACUCGUCUUUUCCUCUGUAUAUUUGUGUUCUCGUGAGCCCAGCUUGCAUGCAUUGUGCUCAGUCACACGGGAAGUGGAUUUUACAGUCGUAGUAAUCUGCUUUUGUCAUAAUGGUUGAAGAUUUGAGAGGGU